GCUGUUUUUGUGGGGCGGUUGCCAUUUUUUUUCACGCCUGCGCAGUUAAAUGUUGUGAUUUUAACAGUAGCAACAUGUCUGCCUCCAUGGUGCGAGCGACCGUCCGAGCGGUCAGCAAAAGAAAGAUAUUGCCUACAAGAGCCGCACUGACGUUGACUCCAUCAGCUGUAAACAAGAUCAGGUCUUUGUUGCAGAACAAGCCAGAAUAUAUCGGUUUGAAGGUCGGGGUGAGGACACGUGGCUGUAAUGGACUGACUUACACAUUGGAUUACACCAAGGAGAAAGACAAAUCUGAUGAGGAAGUGUUGCAGGAUGGUGUGAGGGUAUUCAUAGAAAAGAAGGCUCAGUUGACUCUUCUGGGAACUGAGAUGGACUUUGUGGAGUCAAAGCUGUCCAGUGAAUUUGUCUUCAACAAUCCCAACAUCAAGGGAACAUGUGGCUGUGGAGAAAGCUUCAACAUAUGAGCAUCAGGGAGUCUCUGUCCUCCCUGCACCCUUACUGCUCCAAACCCUGUCCCGCCCGCAAAGUCUGAGAGACUGAAUAUUGAUGAGGGAGUUGGACACGAGGAAAUCUCUCAGAUGUGGACGUGCCUGCAUUUCCUGCCACUGCUCUUCCUGAAUACCACUCGUAUACGCACACUCAUGAAGCCCAAGUAUGCUAAUGCGCAGAGGAAGGCUUUAAUACAGUCAGCUUAGUUAAAACUAUCUCAGCAUUUUGAUUUUAGGGUCAGAUACCUCUGAAAAAGACAGCAUUUCUUCUCCUUUACUCUGCAUUUAAAAAAAAAACAAACUCAAAAGCAGAGUUGUUUUUUUUUUUUAAAAUUAAGUCACUGGCUAACAUCUCACAACUAUACGCACAAUUUUUUCAGUAAGAUUUCACUGUGACUUGUAUGCAGGAGGAAAUGGUGCAACAUGAUAUGUUCACCAAGCUGAAAGGUGGUCAAGUUGAAGCUGAUAAAGCUAAGAGGCUGAAGCACGAUACAAUACUUCUUCUGAUUUCAGUCUGAAUCUGUUCACCGUAGACAUCAAGAUCGACAUCAUCAACACUUUCAGACAGUGUGCUGUCAUCCACUGUCAUGUACCAGUAGUAUGCAAAGGUGGAAGCAUUGGAGUAUCUUGAAACUGCUUUAUUGGUUUGUAUAAGUAUAUAUUUAUCUCUGUGUGUAAAUAUAAGGAAUGUAAAUCUCCCUUGAACCACACAAACGCACAAAAAACAAACAAAAAAAAAAAACACGCACCAAACAUGUAUCCUUCACAUAAGAGUACAUGGGUUUUAUGUUGGAUUCUUUUUGCUUAAUCAAAGCUAAGAGUUUGUAUAGACUGUGUGCUCUUAAGAUUUGUAACCUGUGCAAUAUGUCUGUGUACAUACGAAAUAAUAAAUCCUGUAAUGUGA